UUAACCAAUUCUCGGAUCUUCGCCACUCUUUGGAAAUUUCGGCUUCCGGCAAAAUCAUGGUCGUGAAGUGCAUGGACGCCAUUUUGUUAUUCUCGAUCAUUCUUGGCUUGGUCAAUCUGUGGCGAAGACGGGUGAUGUGAACAGUAUCGGUUCGUACUAACAAUAUUCGCUGUGUAAUUAAUCUUGGCGGUAUCAUAACCAGAUGCUAUUAAUCAAAGAAGUUAUUUAAUUAAUUUUGAAUAACUCAAAAAUGAUUCAAGAAAAUUCGAACGAAAGCAAUGAAAACAACCAUGCAAUGGAUUGCGAUGCAGACGAAUCGACACAAAUUCAAAAGAAAGUCCAGAAGAAAGGUAAAAAGGUUAAAAGAGGAAUAAUUUAUUUGUCCACAAUUCCGAAAUAUAUGAAUAUCAUGAUGAUCCGAGAGAUAUUUUCUGCUUAUGGGAAAGUGGGCAGAGUAUAUCUGCAGCUAGUCGACAAUGAGACACAAUCAGUGAAACAUAAAAAGAAAACCAAGAAAGUAAUCAAGCAUUUUACUGAAGGUUGGAUAGAAUUUGAAAGUAAAAAAAUAGCAAAAUUUGUAGCAGAGACGUUAAACAAUACCCAAGUAUCCACGAGAAAGAAAAGCAAAUUCUAUGAUGUUAUGUGGAAUAUAAAGUAUUUGCCUAGAUUUAAAUGGAUUCAUUUGAGUGAACGAUUAGCAUAUGAACGUGCAGUUCAUAAGCAAAGACUUCUAACAGAGAUAGCACAAGCUAAGAGAGAAAUUAACUUCUUCUCAUAUAAUGUAGACAGAAGUAAAAAGCUGCGUAGAAAACAAGAACAAGGGGAAGAGACAACGUUUGAAUUGCCUGAAGUUAAGCAAAGGGAUACUGAUAAUGAAAUAAGGAAUAGGAAAGCAAAUACUCAAGUAGAAGACAGAACAGAGUUCCUUAAAUCAAUAUUUGGAUAAAAAUUUUUUAAAUAAAACUAUAUAGAAGAAAAUUACGGAAAUAACAUUCAGUAAGCAAAAAAUGUUUACAAAAGAGGCAUAGUUUACCAUCGAUGAAGAAUUCAAGACAUUAUCACAAGAAAAGGAUGAUAUUAGAUGAAGCGGUUAUUGUAUUAAGUCAACAGCGAAGUCCACGGCGUUGACGUUAUCUACAACAAAUAUGAACAUGAUUAAAAUAGGAGGUAAUUUUUAUUUUAGUUUUUAUAUCUCUUUAUUGUUUAAUUAAAAUUUCGUAUAAAAGGACAAAAUAACAAGUGAUAG